ACAGCUGAGACAGAGAGCAGCGUGUUGGACGGAUCAAUUUGGCUCGGGGUCCAGCCAAUCAGAGCCCACCGAGGUUGGGACCAUGCCGGUGAGACGGGGCCAUGUGGCGCCCCAGAACACUUUCCUGGACACCAUCAUCCGCAAGUUCGAAGGACAGAAUCGAAAGUUUAUCAUUGCCAAUGCACAGGUGGAGAACUGUGCCAUCAUUUUCUGUAAUGACGCUUUCUGUGGGAUGUGUGGUUACACCAGAGCUGAGAUCAUGCAGAAGUCCUGCACCUGCAGCUUCCUGUAUGGACCUCACACCAAGAGAACAGCGGUGGCCCAGAUGGCUAAAGCAUUGCUGGGAGCAGAGGAGAGGAAGGUGGAGAUUUCUCUCUACUCUAAAGAUGGAGUGUGUUUCAGCUGUGCAAUAGACGUGGUUCCUGUGAAGAAUGAAAACGGCCUGGUCAUCAUGUUCAUUCUCAACUUUAAGCUUCCCACUGAUCCCAGAGCAGCCAGCAGCUCCCCAGCCAGAGAUCUGCACAGAGCACUGCCGAUCCCCUGGCUCCCCCUGGCUGGGCGGCAGCGUCUGCGCCUCCUCCUGCGCUCCCUCAGCCCUGGGACAGGGGUCUUGUCCCAGGACACAGAGCUAGGGGCUCCUAAUGCUGACUUCCCUCUCCUUGGACACGAGUCUGUGGCCCUGGACAAACUGCUGUCCCCUCCUGAGAGACAGCAGCUGGAGGAGACAGGAGAUGGACUACUGCUGUGGGCCAAAGAGAAUGAGGAGGAAGGGAUGAGAGUGGGGCAAAGAGGAGUAGAGAGGGGCAGCUUGAUGGCAGCCAGGCGUAGGAGCGAGGGAGACAGAAAGAGAAGAGGAGGAUAUAAUUGUGGGCUGCUGGUGGAUACAAGUGCAGGAGAAGAAGGAGGGAGUGUGCCCCCAGCUCCAGCCUCAGCACCCCCAACACUGGCCCUGCCACUUGCCUCCUCAAAGGCUCCACCAAACAAGCAUCCUUCCAGCAGGUUUGAUGGCAUCCAUGGGACAUUAAAACAUUCUUCCUCAGUGGAUGCUAUCAAGAGUGGGCAGAGUUACUGGGAAAAGACGCGGCAGCAGAGACACAGCUGUAAUGCUGGUAUGGGAACCAUUAGAAAGAGCAGUGUGCCAGUUGGGACAUCAGACACUGAUUCACGCUGCCUGACCAACAGCCAGCAGAUGACCCAGAGCCUACUGGACACAAAGAUAGACGCCUUUGUGGCAUUACAUCCUGGUGAAAUCAGACCUCCCUGCAAACUGAUCGACAGAACACACCAUGUCACUGAGAAAGUCACCCAGGUGCUGUCUCUUGGUGACGAUGUGUUACCAGAGUAUAAACUGCAGACUCCUAGGAUCCAAAAGUGGACCAUCCUUCACUACAGUCCAUUCAAAGCUGUGUGGGACUGGGUCAUUUUGCUCUUAGUCAUUUAUACGGCCAUAUUCACUCCUUAUUCUGCUACAUUUCUACUCAGUGACCAGGAGGAAGCAGCCAUGCAGACUUGUGGUUACUCCUGUUCACCCCUUAAUGUUGUGGAUCUUAUAGUGGACAUCAUGUUCAUUGUUGACAUCAUCAUCAACUUCAGGACCACAUAUGUCAACUCCAAUGAUGAGGUGGUGAGCAUGUCUUCUCGGAUUGCUGUCCACUACUUCAAAGGGUGGUUCCUCAUUGACAUGGUGGCAGCCAUUCCCUUUGACCUCCUCAUCUACCGCUCAGGAGAGGAGGUGGUUAGGGCAGGUGGCGAGGGAGAGACCACCACACUGAUUGGCUUACUGAAGACAGCUCGGUUACUGCGAUUGGUUCGUGUAGCCAGGAAGUUGGACCGUUACUCAGAGUAUGGUGCAGCAGUGCUCUUCCUCCUCAUGUGCACCUUUGCCCUCAUCGCCCACUGGCUGGCCUGCAUCUGGUAUGCCAUAGGUAAUGUAGAGCGGUCGACCUCAGCUGGGAUCGGCUGGUUGGACAAUCUGGGUGAACAGCUGGGGAGGCCGUACAAUGACUCCAUCAUCGGGUCGGGUCCUUCCAUUAGAGAUAAAUAUGUCACAGCUCUGUACUUCACCUUCAGCAGUCUGACCAGUGUAGGCUUCGGGAACGUCUCCCCGAACACCAACUCUGAGAAGAUCUUUUCCAUCUGCGUCAUGCUUAUUGGCGCUUUGAUGUAUGCCAGUAUUUUUGGUAAUGUGUCAGCCAUUAUCCAGCGGCUGUACUCUGGUACGGCUCGCUACCAUGCCCAGAUGAUGAGAGUUCGAGAGUUCAUCCGCUUCCACCAGAUCCCCAACCCUUUGAAACAGCGGCUGGAAGAGUACUUCCAACACGCAUGGUCAUACACUAAUGGGAUAGACAUGAACGCUGUUUUAAAAGGUUUCCCAGAGUGUCUCCAGGCAGAUAUUUGUCUCCACCUAAACAGGUCACUGCUGCAAAACUUUAAGGCUUUUAAAGGAUCCACUAAGGGCUGUCUGAGGGCGCUAGCUAUGAGGUGUAAGACCACCCACGCUCCUCCUGGUGACACCCUAGUGCAUGCUGGAGACUUGAUAUCAGCUCUGUACUUCAUCUCCAGAGGAUCCAUUGAGAUCCUCAAAGGAGACGUGGUGGUAGCUAUACUGGGGAAGAAUGAUAUCUUCGGAGAGCCCAUCAAUCAGUACGCUCCGCCAGGACAAUCCAGAGCUGAUGUCAGAGCUCUGACCUACUGUGAUCUGCACAAGAUACACAGAGAGGAUAUGCUGGAGGUUCUGGGCAUGUAUCCUGAAUUUUGUGAAUAUUUCUGGUCCAACUUGGAAAUCACCUUCAAUCUCAGAGAUGUGAAUAAUGAAGCUGUGGGUUUUCUGGGUAAAGAAGACUCUGAUGUUGAGGGAUUAAGCAGACCACAAAGAAAACACAAACUCUCUUCAGCUGCAGGUGACACCAUGUCAGCGGGGAGACAGAGUGCUGCCUACACAUGUGGAAAUAGACAGCAGCAGCGUGCCGGAGACGAUCAUCAACGUACACUUGAUGAUGAAGAAGAGGAUUCAGAGGGGACCUCCAUGAUUGAUGCUAGUGCCACAAACAAUGCAACAUGCCCCGACACAGAUAGGAGAGAGAAGACCUGGAAGCCUUUCACAGGAGCGUCCAACAUCUUUACGUUUUGGGGCUUAGAGAGUCCCGAGGAGGUGUCUCCCACCCAGCAGCUCUUUGACCUGCCCUCCUCCCCCCACUGUCCUCCUCCUCAACCCGUCAUCUGUGGGAGGCAGAAGGUGGAUUUAGAGAAGAGGCUGGAGGCACUGCAGCAGCAGAUAACCAGGUUGGAGUGUCGUAUGUUAGCAGACGUGGGGACCAUCAUGCAGCUGCUGCAGAGGCAGAUGAUCCCACCUUCCUACAGCACCCUGACAUCACCCCCUAACUUACCUUCCUCCCCCCUCCUGUCCCCCACUGCCCCCCCGACAGACCAAGAACAAGUCCUUCGACAUCUUCCAGAAUCCACUGUCCUCCAUCUUACUGCCUCACCCCCUCUCAUCCAUGCCUCACCCUCUCACACUUCAUAUCAGUCACUGCUUUCUUCCCCCAAACCCCCUCAGAACAGCUCCACCUCUCCACCCCUUCUUCAAACCUCCAGCCAGUCUUCGUCCUCUGUUCAUCCUCAGACUGGAAGCCUGAGUCUAAAUCCAGCACCCAGCGAGGCCUGAUCAACCAGUCCUUUCUGUCAGGACCCCGAGCUUAGCCUCUGUCUCACAGGACCAGCCCGUCUGUGGACAGACAGUACCUGUCCUCCCACCAUCGGUUUGUCAUAGCUUCACCAAUCAACCAAUCAGAAGAGGGCCUCGCACCUGCUCAACCCAACACAGAAGCAGCAUCUAGCCAAUCAGAGUAGCACGGGAGCCCGCUGUGCCUGUCAUUUGACAGUGGUGUCACCACACUGCAGAGUCUGCUCUGAACUGUGUGAACAUGCUUCUGCAGAAUGAUUUACUUUGUCAUCUGUCAACACAUACAGUGGGGAGAACAAGUAUUUGAAA